AGUAGUUCUCGAUGAUGUAAUAGUUGCCAUAAUGAUUACAGCACUCGGCUGCCGUCUUGUUGGGGUAAUACAGGCCGAUACAGUUGCCGUUUGGUUGCUGCGAUUCUAAACACAUCCCAGCUGAAAUGGAAAGCAAUGGAUUAUAAAGAUAACGCAAAGAAUGACUCUAGUCCUUCAAAUGCAACUACUAGCAUUCCACAAGAACACCGUAGAGUGUUUAACUAUCAACCCAGGGUUUCAUUCCAGYCAUCAAAUGUUCGACAAUCUAAAAAAGGGAAAGGCAAAACGCAGUCUUGCACCAUAAAAUUGAUGUGCUUGGCUAAAAAAGAUGCAGAUAAGCCCCCAAGUGCCAUCUAUGAGAAGACUUCAUUAUCAAACCUUGGGUUGGGACCAGGUUCUAUUUGCCUGGACAUCAAUAGUCCCAAUAUUCAUGAUAGCCUUGUGGAAAGAUAUCCUCUCCUUGAAGUAGGAGGUGGAUAUGAGUUGCUACUCUAUCAAAGGGGUGGUCUUGAACAAGGCUUCCACAGCAUUCCACCACCUUAUACCCCUGCUAAGAUCAAGGAACUUGCUGGACARGCUCAGGUCUAUGUUAGACCUCUUCAGAGGGACCUUGACAACUUAGACCAGGGAAUACAAGACUACAGCACAACAGAAAAGAUUUCUGGACCUGUAGUGAAGUGCAUGCAGUGCGAGAAGGACAUUCCAAUGCAUGAAUUCCGAAGCCAUGCUGAAGAAAUGCACAAGGCUAGAAAGAGAUCAAGCAGCCUUGUUAUACUUGAUGAAUUUAUUGAGAGAGAUGAAGGAAAACAAAGAAAAACAUGCUCUGCAAGACAGGAAGUCAAUAAUUUUAAAGAACUGUUUCCAGAGUGGGAGGAGGCAACUUUGGAAAGAUUAUUAAGCACUCAUGGAACUCCAGAUGCAGUGGCCCUUUUGAUAUCAACUCUGAACAAACCACAAGAAACUGCAACACAAGAACCAUCUGACAUUCUUGAACCAGAUGAUACUGAAUUGAUGAAAUCAGCCUUUGCUGAUCCUCCUGUAACACUUAAAUCAUUACUUCGUGAGCUAAGAGGCAACCUAAGUAAUGAAAAAGUGAAGCUAAAGGUAGACCAAGAAGAUUUGAUAAAUGAUGCAAUGGCCUUUUAUAAAGAUCCUGAUUUCAACCCCCGACAGAGAUUGAGAGUUAUUUUUAAUAAGCAGCCAGCUGCAGAUACAGGUGGUGUUACCCGUCAGUUUUUUACCCAGCUACUUAAUAUGAUCUCAACUGAGUUCUUCCAAGGCGAUGAGUACAAACAACCAGUUUAUAAUGCUAACAUGGUAGCAUGUGGUAUUAUGAAGCUUUGUGGAACAAUUGUUGUCCAUAGYAUUCUCCUUGGUGGCCCUGGAUUUCCUAUCUUUAGUCCAGGAGUCUAUCAUUACCUGGCUACUGGUGACAUAGAUGCAGCUGUAGAGAAGGUGACCAUUGAGGACUGCUCUCUUGGUGUAAAGUCUUUCGUUAAUAUGGUUGCAAGUGCCAGAGAUGUUGCUGCAGUAGAUAAKGAUUCAGUAAUUCAGAUGUUAUCAGAAUGUGGAAUUACAAAGUGUUUGACAGUAAGUACUGAAGGAUACAUGUACACUAGUUUUYGAGUUCAGGCGAUCAGGGAAAUCAAGAGUCAAGGCCUUUUACCUUCAUUUUCAUAA